UUGGAUUGCUUCAUGAAUAUGAAAGUAUGAUAAAGGUGAUGUUGUCCUGCCAGCAACAACAGUGAAGUUACAAAGUUCAAUUUGCAGGACACCACAAAAAGGGCGAUCGCUUUUAGUGUUUGUCGGACAGUAUGGCUCAAUUUACUCGUGUUUCAGGGUCUGUUGGAUUGAUUUCUCUCAAGAAUCCUCCUGUCAAUGCACUCAGUGCCGUGGUGAGGCAGGGCAUUGUUGACACGGUCCAGAGAGCGCUCAGCGACCCAAAGGUGAAGUCUGUUGUCAUCUGUGGACAGAAUGGAAUAUUCUGUGGGGGAGCAGACAUCAAGGAGUUUGGGACCGCCAUGUCUGGGCCUCCACUGGUACCGAUGAUCCACGCCAUAGAGGCUGCUGAAAAGCCAGUGGUGGCAGCCAUAGAGGGACUUGCUUUAGGCGGAGGUCUCGAGUUGGCGCUUGGCUGUCAUUAUCGGAUCGCACACUCCAAAGCCAGGCUGGGGCUUCCAGAGGUGAGUCUGGGUCUGCUGCCAGCUGCAGGGGGAACCCAGCGUUUGCCAAGGCUCAUCGGGGUCCCAGCUGCCUUAGACCUCAUCACCACAGGCCGACAUGUCACUGCUGCCGAGGCUCUGAAACUUGGAAUAGUGGAUCAGGUUACUGAUCAUAACACUGUGGACGCAGCUGUAAAGUUUGCCCUGAGUGUUCGAGAACAUUCGCUUAAUGCCCGUCGUAUAAGCAACAACCUGUGCCCUCCCCCUUCUGAUUUGGAUGCUCUGUUUGAGGGGGCAAUGCAGAAGGUGCGUCAGACUGCCCGUGGUGCCGUAGCACCAGUUGCGUGUGUCCAGGCGGUGCGGGCAGCUGCCACUAUGCCCUACACACAGGGCAUGGAGCGGGAGAAAGAGCUGAUGGCCACUCUCUUCACCUCAGGCCAGGCACGUGCUCUGCAGUACUGUUUCUUUGCUCAGAGAGCCGUUGGCAGGUGGAGCAUGCCCAGUGGAGCCCGCUGGGACACGAGCAAACCCAGGCCCAUCCAUAAAGCAGCUGUCAUUGGUCUCGGCACAAUGGGGAGAGGUAUAACAGUAGCCCUUGCUCAGACAGGGUUGUCUGUGGUCGCUGUGGAGACUCAGGAGAAGCAGCUGAUGGAGGCAAAGCAGGCAGUAUCGGGGAUGUUGAAGCGGGGGGCUAAGAGACGUGGGGUGGCUCCUGUGCUCGACCUGGUCUCUUACAACUGUAACCUCCAGGCUGUAGCAGAUGCUGACCUGGUCAUUGAGGCUGUGUUUGAGGACAUGGACCUGAAGAAGAAGGUCUUCCAACAGCUGUCUGCUGUUUGUAAACCAGGCACUUUGCUGUGCACCAACACGUCUGCACUAGACAUAGACCACCUGGCUUCUCAAACCCCAAAUCCAGAGUUGGUGGUUGGGAUGCACUUCUUUGCUCCGGCCCAUGUCAUGAAGUUGCUGGAAGUGGUGUAUGGAUCACGCUCCUCUCCUCAAGUUGUGGCCACAGCCAUGCAGCUGGGAAAGAAAAUGGGCAAGGUCAGUGUGGCUGUUGGCAACUGCCGGGGGUUCGUGGGGAAUCGCAUGCUCAAGCCAUACAUGGAACACGCUUUCUUCCUGCUAGAGGAUGGCGCCACACCUGAGUUGGUAGAUCAAGCGCUAGAGGAGUUUGGUUUUGCCAUGGGUGUGUUCAGAAUGUCUGAUCUCUCUGGGCUUGACGUGGGCUGGAGAGUCAGGAAAGAAGACGGUCUUGCGCACCCUGGCAUGGCAUUAGGGCAGGCAGCGAGAGUCCGACAAGGCCGUCGAUACAGCCCCCUGGCAGACCUGCUCUGUGAGCAGGAUCGGUUUGGCCAGAAAACAGGCAUGGGAUGGUACCAGUAUGACAAACCCGGCGGUCGGGUCUCCAGGCCUGACCCAUGGCUGCACAGCUUUCUGGAGGAAUACAGAGCCAGGCAUGGCCUGGUGGCACGGCGCAUAGACCACCAGGAGGUGCUGGAGCGCUGCCUUUAUACCAUGAUCAACGAGGGCUUCCGCAUCCUGGAGGACGGAAUAGCUGCAGGACCUGAAGACAUCGAUAUGAUCUAUGUCUUCGGCUAUGGCUGGCCCAGGCACAGGGGAGGUCCCAUGUUCUACGCUGGCAUGGUUGGGCUGGAGAGGGUCCUGGAGAGGCUGGAGCACUACCACCAGGCUCACCCUGACGUGCCUUAUCUGCAGCCCUGCAACCUGCUCAGGAGGCUGGUGGCCAGCGGGAGCCCACCUAUCCACAGGUGGAGGGAAGUCAUCAAGAAAGUCCGCAGCCGGCUUUAAAACAUUUCAGCUUUGAGCUCUUAAUACACUUCGAUAAUGAUGAUCUCAUUCUGGGAUAAACAGUAAAUAGAUGGCACUUAAACUGAGCUUUUUAACCUAUUAAUUGUGAUUAUUGGUGAUAUUAAAGAAGGCUGCUGUGCUUCUGUGCUGAUUAACAAUCCUAAUAUCUUGCCAUGUGCCAUGUGUGCCUACACUGAGUUGUCUGUUUAUUAGGUGCAGCUGAACAAUCUUGUGUAAUCCAAAACAGCAGCCCUGCAAUAAAUCAUAUGUUUGUGAAGCUUGUAAAGUUGAUUCCCUUGUAUAUGUGAACAGGGUGAAGAAAAUGCUGGAAACACAUAUUAAUAAACUGCAGUCCAGUAUAACACAAACCACUAACAACUCAAAAAUGUCCAAGCCAAAUAAACAAUAAACACCUCUCUGACUGUUUCAACAAAACGUAACAUAUACAGUAUGAUCCACAAAAAACCCCCCAAAAAAACAUUCUAGCAAAAAUGAUGACCGUUCAUCGAUUCCAGCUAUUGGACAAAACAAGACAUUCGAAGAUGUCAUCUUGGACUUUGGAAAAAAUGUAACAAAUAUUUUUCACACAGUUUUCUGACAUUUAAAAGACCAAACAAUAAAUUGAUUGACUGUAAGUUGCAGCCCUAAUUGCAGAGCUGUUAUAUUGGAUUGCAUUCAAAGGGAAAGGUACAUAAAUAAAAAAUAAAAACAAUCUGUUUGGGUGUAUGAUUGAAAAACACUGAUGGGGCGAAUUUAAUCUCGUGUAGCAGACUUCUAUAAACACGUCUGACCACAAUUGUCUGCAUGUUGAAGACGUCUGAUCCCCUAAUAAGCUCAUUAAAGUUUAAAUAAAUACUCUAUAAUGAAUUUGAAUAUACUUUUGUACAUCAUGUACAGUAAUAUCAUAUCUUUCAUUUACUGCCUCAAUAAAGCUGUUAUAUACUCA